GCAAGCCAACGUUUAUGAAAGCUCCUGAAGAUCAGAUUGGGAUUUCUGGAGGAGUGGCCUCUUUUGUGUGUCAGGCAACAGGAGAGCCCAAACCUCGUAUCACAUGGAUGAAGAAGGGGAAGAAAGUCAGUUCUCAGCGGUUUGAGGUUAUUGAGUUUGAUGAUGGAUCAGGAUCAGUGCUGCGGAUACAGCCUCUGCGUGUUCAUCGAGAUGAAGCUAUCUAUGAGUGCACAGCAACCAAUAGUGUUGGGGAGAUAAACACGAGUGCCAAAUUAACGGUGUUAGAAGAAGACCACCUGCCAGCUGGCUUCCCGACCAUUGACAUGGGCCCGCAGCUGAAGGUGGUGGAAAAGGCCCGCACAGCCACAAUGCUCUGUGCUGCCAGCGGUAACCCUGAUCCCGAAAUCUCCUGGUUCAAGGACUUCCUGCCUGUCGACACUGCAACUAGCAAUGGGCGAAUCAAGCAGCUCCGCUCGGAACUGUUCUGUGGUACACCGAUCAGAGGAGCUCUGCAGAUAGAGAACAGUGAGGAGUCAGACCAAGGCAAAUACGAAUGUGUUGCAACCAACAGCGCAGGAACCCGCUACUCUGCCCCAGCAAACCUUUACGUUCGAGAUCAGCGAGAAGUGCGGCGUGUUGCUCCUCGAUUCUCUAUCCCUCCAAGCAACCACGAGGUGAUGCCUGGGGGGAGCGUGAACCUCACAUGCGUGGCAGUAGGUGCUCCGAUGCCCUACGUGAAGUGGAUGGCUGGUGUGGAGGAACUGACCAAAGAGGAUGAGAUGCCCGUCGGUAGGAACGUCCUGGAGCUGAAUAACAUCAUGCAGUCUGCCAACUACACCUGUGUGGCCAUCUCCUCCCUCGGCAUGAUUGAAGCCACAGCCCAGAUCACUGUCAAAGCACUGCCAAAACCUCCAACAGAGCCAUUAGUGACUGAAACGACAGCUACCAGCGUUACCCUCACCUGGGAUUCAGGCAACUCCGACCCCAUUUCAUAUUACGUCAUCCAGUACAAGCCCAAAUCCUUGGAGGGUCAGUUCCAGGAGGUGGAUGGUGUGGCAACAACCCGCUAUAGCAUAGGUGGGCUCAGCCCCUUCUCGGAGUAUGAGUUCCGGGUCAUCGCUGUCAAUAACAUUGGCAGGGGUCCCCCCAGUGAGCUGGUCGAAGCCCGGACAGGAGAGCAAGCUCCUUCAAGUCCACCUCUCAAAGUCCAGGCACGGAUGCUGAGCGCCAGCACCAUGUUGGUCCAGUGGGAGCAGCCAGAGGAACCAAAUGGACAGAUCAGAGGCUACCGCGUUUACUAUACCACUGACCCGCAUCUGCCUCUGAGCAUGUGGCAGAAACACAACACUGACGACAGCCACCUCACCACCGUGGGCAGCCUCAUCACGGGGACCACAUACAGCAUCCGCGUCCUGGCCUUUACUUCAGUGGGCGACGGGCCCCCCUCAGACAUCAUCCAGGUCAAAACGCAGCAAGGGGUUCCUGCCCAGCCAGCUGACUUCCAGGCAGAAGCAGAGUCUGACACCCGCAUCCUGUUGACGUGGCUGCCCGCCUCUCAGGAACGCAUUACCAAAUACGAGCUGCUCUACUGGGAGGGGGAGGAUGGCACUCAGCAAAAGGUGGAGUUUGACCCAACCUCCUCGUAUGCUGUGGAAGGUCUCAAGCCAGACACGCUGUAUAAGUUCCGUCUGGGUGCCCGCUCAGAGCUGGGAGUAGGAGUCUACACCCCCAUGAUUGAAGCCAGAACUGCCCAAUCCACCCCCUCCGCCCCACCCCAAGAAGUCGAGUGUAUAAGCACCAGCUCCACUACCAUCCGGGUAAGUUGGGUGCCACCGCCUGCCCAGAGCCGCAAUGGGGUCAUCACCCAGUACUCCAUUGCAUACCAGGCAGUGGAAGGAGAUGACAACACCAAGCAUGUGGUGGAUGGCAUUGGACGGGAGCACUCCAGCUGGGAGAUCAAGGACCUGGAGAAAUGGACGGAGUACAAGGUGUGGGUAAGGGCUCACACCGAUGUGGGGCCAGGACCGGAGAGCAUCCCUGUGCACGUGCGCACUGACGAGGAUGUGCCCAGCGCCCCACCGCGAAAGGUGGAGGUAGAAUCUGUGAAUUCGACGGCCAUUCGGGUGAGCUGGAAGCUGCCCAUCUCCAACAAGCAGCACGGGCAGAUCCGCGGGUACCAGGUUACAUAUGUGAAGCUGGAAAACAACGAGCCCCGAGGGCAGCCAGUGAUCAAGGACGUCAUGCUGUCGGAAGCACAGUGGAGAGCUGAGGACUCCGUCGACUAUGAGACGGUCAUUGGAGGCCUGCUGCCGGAAACCACCUACUCCGUCACAGUCGCUGCCUACACCACCAAAGGAGAUGGUGCCCGCAGCAAGCCGAAAGUCAUCACCACCACAGGGGCAGUCCCAGGGAAGCCCACCAUGAUGAUUAGCACGACAGCCAUGAACACAGCCCUCAUCCAGUGGCAUCCCCCCAAGGAGAUGGUAGGGGAGCUGCUGGGUUACCGGCUGCAGUACAGACGUCUUGAUGAGGAAAAGAUGAACACUAUAGACUUCGGGAAGAGAGACCAUCACUACACUGUGACCAACCUGCACAAGGGGGCCACGUACCUCUUCAGAUUGUCUGCCAAGAAUAGAGCUGGCCCAGGAGAGGAGUUUGAGAAGGAGAUCACUACUGCAGAAGAUGUGCCAAGCGGCUUCCCACAAAACCUGCGCGUGGUGGGUCUCACCACUUCCACCACAGAGGUUGCGUGGGAACCCCCGGUCUUGGCAGAAAGAAACGGCAAGAUCGUCAACUACACAGUGGUAUACAGGGACAUAAAUAGCCAGCAGGACCUGGUUAACAUCACCAAGGACACAAGUAUCACUUUGACGAAUUUGAAGCCCGAUACCACUUAUGACAUCAAAGUGCGGGCCCGCACCAAUAAGGGGGUUGGGCCGCUCAGCCCCAGCAUCCAGUCCCGGACCAUGCCUGUUGAGCAAGUGUUUGCUAAGAACUUCCGUGUUAAUGCCGUCAUGAAAACGUCUGUGUUGCUGAGCUGGGAAGUGCCUGACUCCUAUAAAUCUGCAGUGCCUUUUAAGAUUCUGUACAAUAGCCAGAGUGUGGAGGUGGACGGCCACUCGAUGAAGAAACUCAUAAGCGACCUCCAGCCAGACACAGACUAUUCUUUUGUGCUGAUGAACCGCGGAAGCAGUGCUGGGGGGCUCCAGCACCUCGUCUCAAUCCGCACCGCUCCUGACGUCUUGCAAAGCAAACCCAUCGCCACAAACAAGUACAUACAGGAAGGAAAAUUCACGCUCACCCUUCCCAAAGUCCAGACUGCUGUGCCGGUUAGGUGGUACUACAUCGUGGUUGUGCCAGCAGAUCAGAGCACCAGCAGCCCGACUGCUCGGUGGCGGACACCUGAUGAGAUGGAGCUGGACCAGCUGCUGGAGGCGAUAAGCCAAGGGAGUCAGAGCAGGCGCCAGCGACGCCAGGCAGACAGGCUCAAGCCCUACAUUGCUGCUCAAGUGGAUGUGCUGCCUGAGACCUUCACCCUGGGGGAUGAGAAGAACUACAAAGGCUUCUACAACAAGCCCCUGUCUCAAGACCUGAGCUAUCGCUGCUUCGUGCUGGCCUCGCUGGAGGAUGGAGACACGAAGAGAUAUGCAGCCAGCCCCUACUCAGAUGAGAUCGUGAUGGAAGUGACUUCAGCAAAGCAGCAGGAUGAACCGGAGAUGCUGUGGGUGAUGGGGCCCGUCCUGGCUGUGAUAUUAAUCAUCAUCAUUGUCAUUGCUAUACUCCUUUUCAAAAGGAAAAGGGCACACUCCCCCUCUUCCAAGGAUGAGCACUCCAUCGGCCUGAAGGACUCGCUCUUGGCCCACUCCUCUGACCCAGUUGAGAUGAGGCGGCUUAACUACCAGACUCCAGGCAUGCGUGACCACCCCCCCAUCCCCGUGACAGACCUUGCUGACAACAUCGACAGGCUGAAGGCCAAUGAUGGGCUGAAGUUCUCCCAGGAAUACGAGUCCAUUGAUCCAGGGCAGCAGUUCACCUGGGAGAACUCCAACCUGGAAGUGAACAAACCGAAAAACCGCUAUGCAAACGUGAUCGCCUAUGACCACUCACGUGUCAUCCUGACCUCUAUUGAUGGGGUCCCAGGCAGUGAUUACAUCAAUGCCAAUUACAUCGAUGGGUAUCGGAAGCAGAACGCCUACAUCGCCACGCAAGGACCUCUACCAGAAACCCUCAGCGACUUCUGGAGGAUGGUGUGGGAACAGAGAACAGCAACUAUAGUCAUGAUGACCAGGCUGGAGGAGAAGUCCAGGGUAAAGUGUGACCAGUACUGGCCAAGCCGAGGUACAGAAACUUACGGGAUGAUCCAGGUGACCCUGCUGGACACAGUUGAGCUGGCGACCUACACUGUCCGCACCUUUGCACUGUACAAGAAUGGCUCCAGUGAGAAGCGAGAGCUGCGACAGUUCCAGUUCAUGGCUUGGCCGGAUCAUGGAGUACCAGAAUACCCCACCCCGAUCCUAGCUUUUCUACGACGGGUCAAGGCCUGUAACCCACCAGAUGCUGGGCCUAUGGUUGUCCAUUGCAGUGCCGGCGUGGGCCGAACUGGUUGCUUCAUUGUCAUUGAUGCCAUGCUGGAGCGGAUGAAGCAUGAGAAGACCGUGGACAUCUACGGCCACGUGACAUGCAUGCGCUCUCAGCGCAACUACAUGGUGCAGACGGAGGACCAGUACAUCUUCAUCCACGAGGCCUUGCUGGAGGCAGCCACGUGCGGCAAUACCGAGGUGCCUGCACGCAACCUCUUUGCUCACAUCCAGAAGCUGACCCAGGUGCCACCAGGCGAGAGCGUUACUGCAAUGGAGCUGGAGUUCAAGCUGCUGGCCAACUCUAAAGCACAUACCUCACGUUUCAUCAGUGCCAACCUCCCCUGCAACAAAUUCAAGAACCGCCUGGUGAACAUCAUGCCAUACGAGCUGACAAGAGUCAGUCUGCAGCCCAUCCGGGGUGUCGAGGGCUCCGAUUACAUCAAUGCCAGCUUCAUAGAUGGGUACAGGCAGCAGAAGGCCUACAUCGCCACACAGGGACCACUGGCUGAGACCACGGAGGAUUUCUGGCGGAUGCUCUGGGAGCACAACUCCACCAUCGUGGUGAUGUUGACAAAACUGCGCGAGAUGGGCCGGGAGAAGUGCCAUCAGUACUGGCCCGCGGAGCGCUCUGCCCGGUACCAGUACUUUGUGGUGGACCCCAUGGCAGAGUACAACAUGCCACAGUACAUCCUCCGGGAGUUCAAGGUGACAGAUGCCAGGGACGGCCAGUCACGGACCAUCCGCCAGUUCCAGUUCACAGACUGGCCUGAGCAGGGAGUGCCAAAGACGGGAGAGGGCUUCAUCGACUUCAUUGGGCAGGUGCACAAGACCAAGGAGCAGUUUGGGCAGGAUGGGCCCAUCACGGUGCACUGCAGCGCUGGGGUCGGGCGCACAGGCGUGUUCAUCACGCUCAGCAUCGUGCUGGAGAGGAUGCGCUACGAGGGGGUGGUGGACAUGUUCCAGACGGUAAAGACUUUGCGGACGCAGCGGCCAGCCAUGGUGCAGACAGAGGACCAGUACCAGCUGUGCUACAGAGCAGCACUGGAGUAUCUCGGCAGCUUCGACCACUAUGCAACGUAACUAGUGCUUUCCUCCAGUCGCGGUGGGGAUGUCUAGGAGUGGAGACAGGUCCUUCUGAGCCAGAGCCGCCCAUUCCUCAGUCCUGUACAGAUGGAGAUGCUGCCCAGGCAGCAGACCUCCAUGCCAACCAGUUCUGACCACGGCAUUUAGGAACUUCGCCCCAGCGCCAAACGAGGGAAUCUGACUCCAAAAGCAUUUCCAGUCUCUGGCUGAAUUUCUGCUCAUGUGCAUCUCUCGCCCUCUCUCACGCGACUGCAUUUCACAGCGAGGCUUUAGGUGGGUGGAAUGGGAUCUUUUUUUUAAACAUGUAAAAUAGUUACUAGUGGUUUUUAUAAUCUCCUC